AUGCACGGCCGCCAUCAUCACGGCGGGCCAUCCGCCCUUCGCCUCGCCGCCGCGCUCGCGCUCGUCGUCGUGCUGUUGUGCUGUGCGAGCGGCGCAGCUGGCGGCACGAAGUCCAUAACGUUCAUCAAGUGGAAGUACGGCCAGCAGGACAUCGAAACCACCCUGUUCGACCGCGCUCUAUGCGGCAGUCGCGUGACGAGCAUGUGGGAUGCGACCACCAUGGGCGUGUCGUGGACCAACCAGUACGGCGAGUCAGCGUCAACGCCGCCCAUGUGCCGCGCCGUCGCCCUCUACGCCAGCGACGCCUGCCAGGGCACGCCCUACCGCACCUUCAUCCGCCCGCCCUCCCCGCCGGGCCUACCCAGCACCUCCGCAUGGGGCGGGCGCUCCCAGUGCGUGUGCCCCGACAACCAGCUCUACGACGCCGCCACCCAGCAGUGCACCCUACCCCAAUCCUGUGCGGCCCUCGUGUGUCCGCCCAAACACUCCUGCAAUGAUGCCGCCCUUCCUCCCACAUGCGUUGCGCCCGCACCGUGUUCGAUCUUCCAGUGCCCGGCCAGCUCCACCUGCAAUGAUACUGCCCUCCCGCCCACAUGCGUCUGUAACGAGGGGCUUGUGAUGAAAGACAAGCAGUGCGCUGCGCCCCGACCGUGUGACACCUACAAGUGUCAGGCCGACUCCACCUGCAAUGAUACUAGCGGCUCUCCCACAUGCGUCUGUAAUAAGGGGCUUGUACUGAAUGGGACACAGUGCGUUGCGGCCCCAACGUGUGCGUCCGUCAAGUGCCCGGCCAGCUUCGUCUGCGACGAGUCUACCGUCCCUGCCAAAUGCGUCUGUGCGCCGGGGCUUGUGCUCGAUGGGGCACAGUGCGUUGUGCCCAAGCCCACGUGUGCGACCACCCAGUGUCCUAUGGACGCCACCUGCAAGGAUUCUGGCGGCUCUCCCACAUGCGUCUGCAAUGGGCAGCUUCAAAUGAAACAAAACCGCUGUGUGUUUGAUCCCUACUGUGGUGGAGGCAUCAUGUGUCCGCCCGGCUCCUUCUGCAAUCGCACGGCCCUCACAUGCAUCUGCCCUCAAGGGCUCACAUACCGAAAUAAUUUGUGUCUUGAGCCCAUGCCCUUGUGUGGGGCCAUCAUGUGUUCCGACAUGGCCUCCUGCGAUAAUGCUCCCGACCUUCCCACAUGCCGCUCAUUCGGCCGACCCUCGUGUGCCACCAUCGUGUGUCAGCCCAACGCCUCCUGCGAUCAUACUGCCCGCCUGCCCACGUGCCGCUGUGAUAAGGGGUUCAAAGUGAAAGAUAAGCAGUGUGUUGCGUAUGACCCGUGUGAGGGGGUGCAGUGUUCUAAGAACGCAUUCUGCAGAACGGACACUGGUGCCUGCGAGUGCAACGAGGGCUACACCAAGAAGAAGGGCCUGUGCACUGCCAUAUGCAAGCCUGCAUGCCCCAGCAAAGCUGCCUUGCACGCGCUGGCUGGGGUUGCCCACAUGACCGGUGCUUCAACCGCCAAGUACGUCCACCACUCUUUCGUGUGGGCAGCAGCAAUGGGAGGAGCACCAGCGAUGGGAUGGAAGGAGCACCAGAGCUCAGCAGCUGUGCCGUUCUCAUUUCAAGCAUUCUCUGCAUACACCUACACUGGGUGCUGCUGCAUAAACAACACCAUCAAUGCUGCUGCAAGGGUCCAUUUGGACUAA